UGGAAGCUAACGAAAGGAAGUUCUUCGUGUCCCUUGCGAACGGUGGUGUAAAACAGUGUAAAACGGAAAAAGUUCCAUACUUUAUCUCAGGGAAGUAUGCCGCGUUGCUUGAUAAAGUCCAUGGCGCGGUAUCACAAGACGGACAAUUCGAGCGAAGAGACCGAAUUCCCGUGGCUGCCGCCGUCAACGGAUCUCAAGCGGAAGAGCCAUACGAAAGACGCAACGUCCAAGACGAGCAAUAUCUGGACCUGCUCCGGGCUGCCCAUCGUAACCCGUUACAGCUUCCACAAGAGCAACGGCGCGACAUUCGACGCCGAGUUAAAUCCAGCUGGGCAAAAUUGCGGAAAUACACAUCACGAUGCGGCGUCGAUCGACGGGCACGUGAACGAUAAUGCGGGGAAGGUGUCGACGAUAUUGCUCGACGGGGUGCCGCGAUUCUCCUCCAAGGCGGAGAGAUCGGCUACGCAGACGUCGGAGGCGGGAAAAGUCGCUAACGUGAUAAAUCCGCCGGUCGUGAUCAACGGCUGCGAAACGCAGACGCUCUCGCAGGCUCUGUACUUGCUGCCGAAACAGAAGCACGAGUCGGUCAAUGCUGCCGAGGGUAAGACGGCGUCCGCUCGAGAAGGCGCCCAGCACUGGAAGAGAAAUAAAACGAUGCACUACUGCCCGUACUGUCGCAAGAGCUUCGACCGGCCGUGGGUGCUAAAGGGUCAUUUGCGUCUACAUACGGGCGAGCGACCCUUUGAGUGCCCGGUUUGUCAUAAAUCUUUCGCCGAUCGCUCGAAUCUUCGCGCACAUCAAAGGACACGCAAUCAUCAUCAGUGGCAGUGGCGUUGCGGCGUGUGCUUUAAGGCUUUCUCACAAAGGCGCUACCUGGAACGCCACUGUCCGGAAGCCUGUCGCAAGUACCGUAUAUCUCAGAAGAAGGAGAUCCCUUGCCCAUGAAUCCCGGAUGGGGAACGACGGCGAGGAGUAGAUAUAGGAGUAGAUAGUAGAGGUAGCGACUUUUUAACUACCGGCGGUAGUUAAAGUCGCUCUCAACGACGUAUAUAGCGCUUAUACCAAUGUAAAGUCAAUGUUCUGACGCGUGCGUUAUAUGAUCGAAGUUUAUGCCGUUCUUUAUAUUUCUCAAUAAAAUUUCAAUCUUUCAUAUCGUCAACAGGUGUGCGGCAACUUUAUUAACAUGAUUUAUUGCGUAAUUCAGAUUUAAAAAUUCGCGAUAUACGCUGAAGUUGUAGCUAUACUUAUAGCUCCGUAAAGCUAUACUUAUUUUGAUCUCUGACGUACGA